AUGGGGUUGUCUUCUCAAGUUUUACAAGUUAUCGAUAAAUACUAUCAGAAAUUAAUUCAUGAGAUUCCAUUAGCAGACCUCAUUGAUGACUUUGCAAGUAGGAAUAUUCUGUCAGAAUAUGAAGUCGAAGCAUUUCAUUUAGAUUUACCGCCUAUUGCAAAGCAAUUUCAGCUGAUAGCGAUAUUAAAACGCAAAGAGAGCUCUGAUUUUUACCAGUUUUGUCAAGCCUUACAAAGCCAUGCAACAGCAUCCAUUCGACAGUUAGGAGUAAUGUUACAAAAUGACAGUAAUAUAGUAGAUUUGAUAAGACAAGAGCAACUUAAAGAUUCAACGUCCGAUUUUGACAGGAUUUAUAGUAACCCUAUGGAUUUACCAUGUGAAAAUAUUACCGACAAAAAUUUCCCCAAGUGGAAGAUAACAGCUUAUACUGAUCGAAGAAUUGCUGAAGAUACCCGUCUAUCAUCUAUGGCAAUUGGAACAAGUAGGUGUGAUGUUUCACCUAAAUGCUAUAAAUCAUCAGAUGAAAUUUUAAAAAUUAUAUCUAGCAACAACAACGCUACAAAUGACGGUGAACUUGUGGUAACCGACUAUCAAAGUACUCAAACGACUUAUAGACUGGAAUUACCAAAUAUACUACUAAAUCAAAUAUUAAUAUCAUCGGACGGCAAAUUUAUAGCUUACUCCGUUGAAAGCGAAGACAGUCAAGAUCAUUCCUCUAACCCAAUUGAUUCAGAUAGUGAUGAAGAAAUCUAUAAUAUUUGGGAAAUACAAGAUAAGAAUAUCAAGCAAACUCGACAGACCAUUAUGGCUGCCCAUUGCAAGAUAUUUGGAUGUAGAUUUAUAGCUAAUAGCAAUAAAAUUAUCGUAUGGUGGCCUAUUGAUAACCGAAAUUUAAUGCCGGCCGCGGAAGAUUCUUCACUAAGCAUUGAAUCUUGCCAAAUAGAAAUUUGGAAUCUUAAAGACUGGCACCAUCAUCAAUCAUUUCAAGUCCUUUCCUCCAUAAACUAUUUAGAUGACAAAAAUGGAUUCGCCAAACCUAAAACGAUAGAUGACGGCAAUUUAUUAAUGAAAGUCGAAUAUGUAGACCAGAAUAUUCCAAUAAUCGUACUAAAAUAUGAUAAUUUACUAACCUAUUUAGUGGUAGAAGAUAAUCAAACAAGCUUCAUCGAUUUUACUUCACAAUUUACGACGUCGUUGCAGCUUUUACAUAAAUGUCAUGAUGCCCUUAUCGAAAAUCUAACCUUGUCCCAUGAUCAUCGAUUAAUUGCAUUCUCAACGAAUUAUGCCAUUAAUAUAUUUAAGGUGGCUUGUGGAGGCAUUCAUUCCCAUUUGACAAUUGACACCAUUGAAAAUAUAUCAGAAUUAAUGUUUGUUCCAGAUAGUAACCACUUGCUCACUUAUAGCAAUAUUUUUAGCAAUGUUUUAUCUCGUUAUGAUAUUACUGGAAAGCAGCAUGGCUGGAAGAAAGGACUUAAUCAACAUAGUGGCAAUUAUGAUCAGAUAAUCGUAGCUUCAAGUUGCACCUUUAUAAAUGGCAUUCCUAUUAUUGCCUUAUUAAUAAGAAGUCAUCCAAAGAUUGAUUAUAAAGUAUAUUUAACCGGAUUGCAAACAAAUCUACGUCAGAGAGGACAGUCUGAAUUCAAAAUAAAUACAGACUCCAAUCAGUUAUUAAUACUCCAGUCAAGUUUUAGAGAAUCUGAUCAAACUUACCUAUUUCUAAUUUCAGCUCUGUUUGAUGAUGACAGUGAACAGAUCAUUGUAGUUAAAAUCAAUUUUUCCCGUGAAGAAAAACAUACAAUCUAUUUGGAUGAUACCGCAGCGCAUCGAUUUACUCAACUAAUUUACGCAGAUUGUUACAAUCUAUUUAUUCAACAAACGAUCAGCGAAGGAGGCGAUGAAAGUGUCAUUAAAUGGUACAAAUUAGGUGAUGGAAUAACCUCAACACAAUUGGUUAAAUCUCACUAUUACAGCUCAAUAGAUGAUGGAAUAGCCUUUAAAAUUACCAUUCCUAUUUCCAAGAGUGCAGAUAGCAUUAAAGUUAAUUUAUCACCACUGUAUGUAGAGGAUCAAGAUGAAAUGAUUAAAGAAUGGGGGGAAAAAGAGGCUGAUUUGUUUAUGUUUAACGGCCACCUCGUCCUGGUUAUGAAAGGCUACGGCGAACAGACUCGAGAAUUCACAGAAUACUUUGAACUUAAUAGCUUGGAAAAUUUAAUCACAUCGAAAUACUUCAUUAUUGUGGAUUGGAUGAGUUACAAAAUCUUAAUCUAUGAUAAUAAAACCCUUGCAUUAAUGCAGACUAUUGAGGCACCAGCGAUCAAACCUAAAACCAUCAUAGGCAAUCAAGAGCAAUCUCUUUUUAUUUGUCAAACAGAUAGCAAGCAAUAUUAUAUUAUUAAGGCCUUAUAA